CGGGGAAAGGCUGGCACACACAACAGAGAAAGGGGGGGAGAGCUGUGGAUGAUUUAGGCUGUAAAAAAGUGCACUACAACCAGUUCUGGAUUUUUGGCAAAGAAGAUUGAAACAAGAUGAUAACGCCUUAUUUCCUAGAGAAUUUCUGGGGAGAAAAAAAUAAUGGCUUUGAUGUGCUGUAUCAUAACAUGAAGCAUGGUCAAAUUUCCACCAAGGAGCUGACUGACUUUAUCAGAGAAAGGAGUACCAUAGAAGAGGCUUACGCCAGGUCAAUGACCAAACUUGCCAAGUCAGCCGGCAACUUUUCUCAGCUCGGGACAUUUGCACCAAUGUGGGACGUGUUCAAGAGCUCAACAGAGAAGCUGGCUGGAUGUCACAUGGAGCUGGUGAGGAAACUCCAAGAACUUAUAAAAGAAGCUCAGAAGUACGUGGAGGAGCAGGCCAAAGCACACAAGAAGACAAAAGAAGAAGUGGCGCCGACCCUCGAAGCCGUCCAGAACAUCCAGGCCACCUCGCAGGCUCUUCAAAAGUCCAAGGAAAUCUAUAAUACCAAAACUGUGGAGCAGGAACGCCUCCGCAAAGAGGGGGCCACCCAGAGAGAUGUGGACAAGGCUGGUGUAAAAGCCAAAAAAGCCACAGAGACCUACAAAUCCUACGUGGAAAAAUAUGCCACAGCUAAGUCUGAAUUUGAACAGAAGAUGGCAGAAACUGCACAGAAAUUCCAAGACAUUGAAGAAAACAACCUUCUCCACUUAAAGGAAAUUAUUCGAGCGUACUGUGUUUCUGUGGAUGAAACGCAUCUUCAGAUAGGAGAGGUCCACAAUGAAUUUGUGAGGAAUGUUGAGAACACAUCAGAAGAGAGCCUGAUACAGAAACUGUCUGAGAGCAAAGGAACGGGCAAGGAAAGGCCAGGACCAAUUGAGUUUGAGGAGUGCAAUGCAGCUAUUGCAACAGAAGGUACCAAACCCAGAAAGAGAAAGACAUUUGCAAUCCCAGGGCGCAGGAAAGACAAGGACACGGACUCCACGGAGUCCACAGAGGUUGAACCUGCUAAUGCUGCCAACGGUGCUCCCCCUGGAUAUUAUGGGUCCAUAGACAUCCAGAACGCUAAUGUCCCUCAAGUUGAUGCCGAGGGUUUCUGUAUCAGACCUGAAGUAAAUGAAAACGAUGCCAAAGACAAUUCCUUCUAUUCGUCCAGCGACUCGGAGGAUGAAGAGGAACCCAAGAAGUUCCACGUGCAGAUCAAGCCUGUUCAGCCGAAUAAUGGCACGCAUCAGAACCGAGCGAACAUUGACGAGCUCAAAGCCUCCAUCGAGAACAUCAUCCUGUCGCCCUCGACCUCGGGACAGAUGCGGAGGAACCAGUCCAGGAUCACGAGAACAUCUACAUUAAGCUCUAAGGCUCAGGGUUCUGGUGAUGAACUUGGAAGGCCCAGAGUACCAACAUCAUACGAACUGAGUAAUAAUGACCUCCUGUCUCUGGAUCCGUUGAGUCCGGCUCUGCCAGUCGGAUCUUCUUCCUCUGUGUCAUCAGCAACUGACCUUGCGUCUAUCUUCUUUUCAAUCCAUCCAUCUACAUCUAUUCUGAUGAAUGACUCUGACUCUGACGUCUUUCUGCCAGAGGCAUCAGCCGACGCGGCGCCGCAGCAGGAACGCUCGCCGCCUUUGGCAGAGCGUCAGCAAUCCAAAGAAGUCUCCUCUUUCUCCUCAUCUGCGUCCUCUCCCUGGGAUUCACCCGAAAACCUUUUUCAAGCCCUCAAGCCCGCACCGACGAGGGCCCGGAGCGCCCCCAUCACUCAGCCCACUGAGCCGCUGGACCCCGUCAAAAGCCCUCCGACCGCCAGACCUCCUAAGAGUGCAGACACCUUCUCGUCUGUGUCGUGGUCCCAGAGCCAGUGGAUUGCCUUCAGUGAUGACUUCACUCCGCCUUGCGGUCAGGGGACCGGGUCAUCCGCAAAGGAGCUCCAGAGGCUGCAGUCGAGCUCCGGCCGGUCAAGCCGCUUCCCGUCUGAUGACUCUGCAGACGCUUGUCACAGAGAAGUCAGCGCCACGUGUUUCGCUGAUGUCUUCCCUGACAGGGCUGUGGCUGCAACCCCAUCAAGCAAAAUAUUCAAUGUGCCAGUCCCGCACCGACCCACCACCCCUCUGGCAGUUGGAGCCCUCGUUCCCCCACCGCGUCCUUCCUCUAGGCCCAAACUCCCUACAGGAAAACUCACUGGGAUCAAUGAAAUUGUGCGGCCAUUACCCCCACCCAAGCCGUCUAACACCAGCCCUCCUCCGACAGCACCACUCGCCCGAGCUGAGAGUUCUUCCUCGUUAUCGUCGAAUGCAUCACUAAGUGCAGGCAACACCCCCACUGUCGGAGCCGAACACACCUUUGCCCCUCCCCUCUCCUUUCUAGAGCCAGACCUGUUCACCCUUUCUCCUCUUUUUCUGCUAAGCCAACAGGAUGAUAUGUUUAUAGCGAAGCUGCCUACCUUUGAGAAGCGGUCUGAAACACCAGCAGGGACGUCUCGCGGUCCCAGCCCUGUGACCCUGGCAUCCCAAGAUGCUUUGCCCAUUGCCGUGGCCUUAACAGAAUCGGUUAAUGCUUACUUCAAAGGAGCUGAUCCCACUAAGUGCAUUGUGAAGAUCACAGGAGACAUGACGUUGUCGUUCCCCAUGGGAAUCAUCAAGGUGUUCACCAACAACCCGUCGCCAGCCAUCCUCACCUUCAAACUGAAGAACACCAGCAGGCUGGAGCAGAUCCUCCCCAACCAGCAGCUACUAUUCAGCGAUCCUUCCCAAAGUGACUCAGAUUCCAAGGACUUCUGGUUCAACAUGCAAGCACUAACAUCCUACCUCAGAAAAGCCUCAGAUCAGAAUCCUUCAGCUUCCUACUAUAAUGUGGACAUCCUAAAAUAUCAGGUGCAGUCUGAUGGGAUCCAUUCCACUCCUCUCAACCUGGCUGUAUACUGGAAGUGCACAGCAGCCACGACAGACCUCCGGGUAGACUACCGCUACAACCCGGAGUCCAUGGACUGCCCCGGUCCUCUCAGCAACGUGCAGAUCUUGGUUCCUGUUGACGGAGGGGUCACCAACAUGCAGUCUUUGCCAGACUCCGUAUGGAAUUCAGAGCAGAGUAAGUGUCUUUGGAAGCUGAGUGACGUCUCUGAAAAAUCUGAAAACGAAGGUUCUGGCUCUCUGAGGGCCAAGUUUGAACUAUCAGACGGCCCCUCAAACCCCUCCACUCUGGCUGUGCAGUUUAUGAGUGAGGGAAGCACACUUUCAGGAGUUGACAUGGAGCUGCAGGGGACUGGGUACAGACUCUCUCUCAACAAAAAAAGAUUUGCCACAGGGCGUUAUAUGGCGGAUUGGUGAGGUGACCCAACCCCUCUGGUUUCCAAGAAAAAGAAAAUCUCGCUCGACACAAAUGUGUCAACAUUCUCCAGGCCUCCCCGACCCUCUGGAUCCUUCUGAUCAUGGUUUCACACAGGAAACGGGAAUCUCACUACGAUAAAACAGCACUGAGUAUUGAACACUGUUUUAAAAAAGAAAAUAAAUAAAACUAAGAUGAGCUUUCAGGAAUCGUGUAGAUAUGAAGUCUAAUGAUGCUUUCUGAUCAAUUUCUUUUUUGUACAGCUAGAAACAAUUUAUGGAUUAGGUAUAAAUCUAUAUUGUAUUUGAAAUCAUAAGAAAAGAAAAAAAGUGCACUAACAAUCUUUAAGAUGCUCUUUUCCCUCUUGUAUUCUUUCCGUGAGAGCCUAUAAGGAACAUAAAACCAUUUCUGGGUGGAUGAGAAGAAUUACUCUCUCUCCAAACUGUAAAUAACAGACUUUUUUCACUUGACCAACUCUGACUCAGCUCUCAAAUUGGCUUUCCUCUCUGUAAAUGUUGUUUUUCUUCUCUAAUGAUUUGUCUUUUGUAAUCACGUGCAAUGAAGCAAUGAAGGUGGAAUCUGUCUUUAACAGUACUCACACACUCGUAGCACAAGCUCCAUCUUUUAAAAUAACAUUUAAGUGCUCUCGGAAACAUGCAAAAAAAAAAAGACCUUAGUGCCUCUUCUUAUACUGUGGAACAAAGGCAAAAAAAAGCUUGAUUAAUACAGAUUUAAGCUACAUUUCUCUGGUGUAUUUUAAACAAUCACCUUCAGUGGGGUCUGUGAUCAGUGGUGGUCUUUUCACAAGCGUCUUUGUAAAUCUCCCCUCUUUGAUGGCGACUUGUACUUUCUGAAAUGUCUAAGUCCUUACACGAACAUGGAGUUACAACAACCCUCAGCCUGUUAUUGGAUAGUACAAAGAGUAGAUUUUCUUUAUGAGCUAAAGUGACACAAAGUUGCGUUGCUUUGGCCCUUAAUGAACGUUUACACUCGUGACCAUCUAAUAAUAGACCGAGGCUUGUUCCUUGAGCAGUUUAUUAAACUUUGACUAUAAAAUAUUGCAUCAAAAGUUAGAUACAUACAAAAAAAAAUCAAGGGACAUUACACCAAAUUUAACUCGCAGCCUUUAAUGAUAUUACUGUGCGUUGUCAAUGAAUAAACGUGCCUGAAUUGCGGUUUUUCUACUCUUUUUGUAUCCUACAGUACCGUUCAUGAGAACAGCACCAUCAUUGUGCCAGUUGUCUUUUUUUUUUUUUUUUUUUUUUACACCUUUAUUUGGAUAUUGAAGGGAAAAUGUAUUUUUAAUCUUAAUCUGUCUUCAAGAAAUGAAUGAGUCUUCUGUGAUUUUAACACUUUUAUAACUUUUUCCACCUGUCUUCUCUGUUUGGUUAAACCUCCGUUUUUAUAAUGUCAACAUUGGGCGAAGAGCUUCACCAGGAGACCCAAUUAAUGAUUAAAAUGCCUUAUUACGAGUGCUCGGCACUGGAUGAUCAAGUGUUGUUGACCCUGGUUAGAUACAGUACUGCCGUUUAACCUUUGAUGGCUUAUUCACCUGUACUGCCACUCACCUAGUGCAUUCUGGGAUGUGAUUUUACCUCCUGCUAUCAUGAGCAAUACAAGCAGGAUUUAUCAAAGAAAAAAAAAAGUGGCCACUUUUAAUUCUUGGUGCUUCAUUCUCGCCUUUUCUUAAUGGAAAGCUGUCUUUUGUAGGACAUUUUGUUCUUGUGAUGGUCCUGAAAUUCUGAGAUAAAUGGCUUGAAAGCUACUUUUUUAAAUCCCUGAAUCAUUUAAGGGCUCGAGGUCCAUACAAUGUGCAUCACGUGCCCAUUUGACCUCUCAGAUCUGAUUUUAGGAGGCGUUUUUUUUUUUUUGUGCCAUAAAGCAUUAAAGCAUGUUGUGUUUAACUGUUGACAGUGUUUUAGACUCACGUCCAUGCUUGAUUACUUUAAAGCUUUAAGAAAGAGGUGGUUUCUUGGAUUUCAGAGUGUCGGAACAGUUUUUCGUAUUUCAGAUGACACCUUUGAUGCCUGGUUCAAGACUCGAGCCUUUAAUAUCACUUUGCCACUAAUUUUAAAUAGAUUCCUGAAAAUGCACAUGAAUUCUGGCCCCAACUCUGAAUGUUUCCUAUUUGAAUCACAAGAUCUCAGCAUGUAGAUUUUUGUUUUCCAUAAAGUUGUUCCACCAAACAAAGUUAGUGUAUUUCCAAACUGAGCACUCAGAUUCUGUAACUGUAUUCAGUAUUAGCAAGCUGGUUCUUGCUUUUCUUACAAAACUUUAGGAUAAUAUUCCUUUUGAAGUCUUCUUCCCCCUCUUUCAGUCUUUUCUUGUGAUAUUAAGCAUUUUUUUUAAAGCAGCAAUGUGUAAAUGAUUCUCACAUUUUUACCAAGAUUUCGGCCACUUUUUGUCUAUUUUAUGAUUUCUCAUCGUGCCUGUAUUAAAUGUGUAAUAUAUGAAUAUAUACAAAUAUAUGAAAUUACAACUUUAA